AUGAGUUUAUUACAUUUAUUGAAUAAUCAACGACAACAACUGAAACACCAACUACAACCACUACUACAACUACCACAACAACCACUACAACCACACCCACAACCACAGAAUCAACGACAACUGAAACUACAACUGAAACACCAACUACAACCACUACUACAACUACCACAACAACCACUACAACCACACCCACAACCACAGAAUCAACGACAACAACUGAAACUACAACUGAAACACCAACUACAACUGUACCACAUUCACUACAACCUCUACAACUACAUCUACGCCUACAACCACAGAAUCAACAACAGCAACUGA